GUUCGCUAUCAAGUCUCAGCCCACUGGAUUGAGAUGUCAAUGAAUAUUUGAUUGGUAUAUUUUUUUAUUUACUUUUAUAAAAGUAUGUAGCUUCUGUAGAAUGAUAUAUAAAACAUUUUUGAAAUCAUCUAAGAGGCUUAUCGUCUUUAUUUCGCACUCUAAUUGCCAACCAUAUAUUCACGUCAGACGUAAUCACGCAAUUGAACAUAGUUCAAAAUUAGAAAGGGCUUUUAACAAACAAAUAAAAAGUGAACAUGAAGCGUCUCUGGUAUAUUUAAAAUUAGCAAUCAAUUUCCUACACCCCUGUGUAUCGAGGAAAGGUUUCGGAGGAUAUUUUAUAAGUCUUCAUAAAGAGGAAUUAUUACAUAUGCACACGCUUAUACAAUAUCAACUUGUCAGAGGAUUUCAUCCCUUGAUUGAAGACGUUAAAUCACCAAAAAUACAAGGAAAUAUCAGUGUAUGUCAAGCUUUUGAUCUGGCCAUUCAAUUAGAAAGUGAUGUAACGGCGUCAUUGAAGGGGCUAAUACAAUUAGCAGAUUCGGAAGGUGAUCGCCAUUGUGCUGACUUUAUAACUUCAACAUUUUUACAAGAGCAAAUUCAGUCCACCAACGAAUUGUGGCAUCAUUUGACCAAUUUGAAAAGAAUGAAUGAUAAUGAACAUGCCUUGUAUCAUUAUGAUAAACAACUUUCAAAAAAGUUCGCAUAUGAUAUCAAGGGUAUGAAUUUACGUAACUGAAAAUAUCUGAGACGAAUCCAAACUGGUUACAGGAAUUGUAAGCGUACUUAUAGACAUCAGUAAUAUACUUCACGAACCAACUCAAUAAAUUGAUAUUCGUUUGUUCUGUCUAUAUUUUUAGUUUUUGGGAAAACGCAAAAAAAAUUUCAAAAUUUAAGACAAAAAUGAGCUUACCCUCUUGACAUGACGAUGAAAGGAUAUAGAUUUUA